GUUAGGUGCAUGCCAACCUGACAGCCAGUCAGAAACUAGAAAAAAUGACAACCAAAAAUACAGGCAGGAAAAACAGUUGGAAUCAAGAAAACGAAAUGAAACGACAAGUAACAAAAAAUAUAAGCCAUCCCAGUGCAGGGAAAAACAAAAUGAAUCAUAUGAAGAUGAUCUUCAUCAGUACAAAAAUUUUAGGCAGGGAAAACAACUGGGUCAAGUUCAAAGGGGAAAUAACAAAAGACCCGUCCAGAGGAAAACAAAUUUUGAUGAUGAAUUUCAUUCUGUCGAAAAAAAAAUGCCUCGAGAACAGGAUGAUAAGUUGAUAAUUAAACAAGACAGACUCAAAGGUGUUACUGCUGUGAACUUGGUGUGCAACCAAUUGGGCAAAAAGCUUUCAAAUUAUAAGCAUGGUGUGAGUCAUAAGAAAUCAGAUGUACCAAAUACAUCCAGUGGAGAUUUCAACACUAAUAAAAUAAGUCAUAGAGAAAAAAGCAAUGAAGAAUUUAUGCGCCUGGAUGCUAUGCAUGCCAGAAUGCUAGAAAAAAGAAAAGAGCAAAGAGUUGGAAACGUGACUCAUGACCAGAAGUCAAACUUGCUCAAUGAUCACAAUUUAACAGAUGGGAACUUAGAAAAAAGUAGUGCAGAUAAGCAAGUUGAAUUUAAAGAUAAUAAUAAGCCAAGACAUGUCAGUGACCUACAGCAAAGUGAAACUUGCCCAGUUAUUGAGACUAACAAAAUUAGUAGGGUGUUCAAAGAUGCUGAAUGUCAAGAACUAGACAACAUGCAUGAAACAAUGUUGAGAAGGCGCCAGGAAAGAAAGAAAAUGCUGCAGGAGGCCAAAAUGGCAUCACAAUGUAAAACUAUUUGUGAAAACCCUGGAACAUUGACUGCUGUUGACCAGAAUGUCACUUCAGCCGCAUUAACUGUACCGAGAGGCAAUAAGCUGACAGUUGGCCUAAAGGAAGAGAAAGUAAAUGUUGGUGCAGCAUUGAUCAAUUUACAUGGGGAAAAUGAUGGCAUUACAAAUGAUAAUUCACUAAAAUCCAAAAUUAGCAGUUUCCAGAGUGAUCAAAUCUCAGCAAAACCUAAAUUUAGCCACAUGAAACAAAUUGAACUUGAAAGCAGAAAAGACAAGACAACUUGCUCAAAACCAAUGAUGAAAGUCAAACAAAAACAAGGCAAGCCCUCAAAGUCCAAAGCACGUCU